AUGCUGCGUGCCGUGCUACCUCACAUGCGUGCAAAGCGUUCGGCUGGGCUUACGCUGGCCUUACGCGCCGAGUUGGAGCCGUUUGGCAUUGAAGUGACGAUUAUCGAACCAGGUUCGUUCCGGACGGCCAUCUUGAGCAAGGGCUUCUCGCCCAUGAAGAACUCCAUCCCGGACUAUCUGCCGACCACGAAGCCUCUGCACGACCACGUCACCAGCGUCAACGCUCAGGAGACCAAAGAAAAGCAGCCUGGCGACCCGGCAAAGGGUGCUCAAAUCAUCAUUGAAGUCCUUACCAAGACCGGUCGCUGCGCUGGUAAGACAAUCCCCAGCCGCAUGCUCUUGGGCAAAGACGCGGUAAGAGUCGGAGAUGCCGUGCUACAAUACAAGCAAACCGUCGUGAAUUUGACGACUGGGCAGUGUUGGCAUCCUCGACAGACGACGUUUCCAACAAUGCCGACAUGCAAGUAG